AGAGAGAGAGAGGGGCUUUGGUCCAAAAAAAAAAACAGAAGGAGAGAUUGCCUAGCCUUCUAAUUUCUCCCCUCUCCAACAGCCCAAGAACAAUGUCGAUGAGCCCUAGGCAUACGACUCCUUUUUCUGUUUCCGAUAUAUUGAGUCCUCUUGAGGAGAGCUACAAGAAAGUAAGUAUGGAGAAUAACAACUUGGGGUUACCUCUCGCGUCGUACCGGCAGCCGCAGGUGUCUCAGGCGGCCAUGCAGCAGCACCACAUGGGCCAUAACGGGACGGUGUCCGCCGCCUACCACAUGACGGCGACGGGGGUGUCCCAGCUGUCACACACCGCGAUGGGGGGCUACUGUAACGGCAACCUGGGGAACAUGAGCGACCUGACGCCCUACCAGGACGGUAUGAGAGGCAGCGCCACGGCCACCGGCUGGUACGGAGCCAACACAGACCCGCGAUUCUCCACGAGUAAGUAGGCUAUACCUUUGAGUUUUACUCUGCAUGAAGCCGGGCAGGUGAGCGUAUAGCUUUUGGUAGCGCAUUAUCAUAUAAGCUAGUCUACACUAGAGCCAUAUGCUCUGGUCUGCACUGAAGUGAGUCAGGGAAAUUAUUUAAACUUUUUAGUGUUGUUUUCAGUUAUUUUUUGCAAGAAUACUGAUGUUGUUUCAACAAGAGGGGGUGAUUUGAUUUGUCAAUUUAAAAUAAAUGUUACACCCGGUAACAGAUACAUAUAGGCCUUUAUCUCGGUUUACCUUGGAGUGUUUGGUUUAUUGAGUUUAUUCACCCAACGUGCUGUGCCUUUUUGCCAGUCUACCAACACUACCAUGUUGACCAAUGGAUAGGGGACUGGUUUCAAAGAACGCUAAUUAAUUGUAAACUUUUUCAGUUUAUGAUAUAUUCAUAAAAAUGUAUUUUAAUGUCACGAGGGUGUGCGAAAAUAUAACAAAGACAGCUGUUGCUGGUUUGUCCUCUAUUAUGAGUUGGUUCCAUGCACGUGUCACGUGGGGGGGUGAAUGAGUUAUUAGCCUAUUAUUCUUUAGAUUGAAGGUCAAUUCAUGGCAAUCGAUCAUGCUACAUCAAAUAUUUUGUCAACUAUAUAAUUCAGUUCAAAUACAAAUUAUGGUUAAGUAAUUGUUCCAUUAGGAGACAGAACUAUGAUUAACAUGAUCAUGUUAGCUUUUAUGUUUAAAAUGAAUGCUAUAUGCCUAUACGUUUUAAAUUAAAUUAAUUCACAUUGUGUAUUUUUAUGUUAUGGCUAAAAUGAUUGAAGCAGUAUAAUUGUUUUAUUAUUAUCAUUAUUAUCAUAAUCAUCUCAAUUGCCUAUUUCUGCUUUCAGUCUCGCGCUUCAUGGGCUCUUCUUCGGGCAUGAACAUGGGCAGUAUGGGCAGCCUUGGCUCGCUAGUGGACGUGGGCAAAGGCAUGGGCCCUCUCUCGAGCACCCCGAGAAGGAAGAGGCGCGUGCUGUUCUCUCAGGCUCAGGUCUACGAGCUCGAGCGGCGAUUCAAACAACAGAAGUACCUCUCCGCGCCUGAGAGAGAACAUCUGGCGAGCAUGAUCCACCUCACCCCGACCCAGGUCAAAAUCUGGUUUCAGAAUCACCGGUAUAAAAUGAAGAGGCAAGCGAAGGACAAAGUGUCGCAGCAGCAGAUGCAACAGGAGAGUAGUUCCUGUCAUCAGCAUUCCCCUCGGCGGGUUGCCGUGCCUGUAUUAGUGAAAGAUGGCAAGCCAUGCCAAGGCAGUGCCCACACUCCCACCACUACUGUCCAGGCCCCCCACCAACAAGGUGCCAAUGUUAUGAUCAUGUCCAGUAACGGUUCAGGCCUAGGUCAGCACCAGAGCCAACAGGUGGGUAGUGCAGGUCACUCUCCAGACCUAGCACAUCACUCCGCCAGCCCGCCGUCUCUCCAGACCCAGGUAGCGGGCCUCUCUCACCUGAACUCCUCCAGCGCCGAGUACGGGACGGCCCUGCAGUGCUCUGCUCUGUUAUAUGGCAGGACAUGGUGA